ACUUCUAACCGCCUGUCCACAUAUUCUGCCUAUCUACCCUCUUAAUUUUAUUCAGAUCUCAAGGUAAAAAUAUAUAUAAAUAAAAACAACUAUACAUUUAUACAACGAAUCACACACAUUGUAUAACUUUUCCCCCACCAUAAUAAUAACACAAAAACUUUAUUUCUAAACUAGGUAAUUUCUUUCAACAACGUAUGCACUGAUUGCUGUAGACAGAUUGUCAAUAAUAUUGUCUGCUUAUCGUUUUAUUACUUCUUCAUCACAGUUAGCAUUAUUAUAUUCAGUCCUAAUGUUGCUAAUAUCAUUAUCGGCAUCUGUAUCGUACUGGUGGUUAUAUUGAUAACGUGAUAUUACAUCAAAUAUAUACGACACGGAAAAAUUCCCUCGGUCCUCUACUGACAUAAUAUUGGUUAACAAUAAUAUGCACUAUAUUAACGUAAUUAUUUGCACAUAGUCAUUUCUACUUACUAUAUUCUACGUGAUCAUCGUAUCUGGAUCAAAAAUUAGUACUUAAUUCUGCAAAUAAAUAACAUUAACUUGCAACAACAACAAAAAGUAGUAAAACAAAAAUUUUUUUAUCUAAAAUCAAUACCAACAACUAAAAGUCUCCUCUGGAAAUUAAUCGUACAACUGGUGUUACAUGCUUUUGAUUCGUAUCGAAAAGGACAACCACAUUUAGCACAGUUGUCAAACAUCAUUUUAAAAAUCAACGGAUAAACCAACAGAAAACGGAAUUGUCUUUUUCUUUAAUGCCUGUCGUCGAAUCCAAGCAACCAGAUGUCAGUAUAAUAAUGUUUAGAAUAAUUCAAAACUCCUGAAGCCAAUAUUUUAACACACAAUCUAUGAAUAAAACAUUUCCCUCCUUGGCAUUUACCAAGAAAGCCGCAUUAUAUUCUUCAAAUCGAGUAAAAUAUACAACCAUGCCAAAACAACAUCAGCAGUCGCAAAGCAGUGAUACUAAUACCUCAUCAGCUGGCUCAUGUCUUUACUGUAUAACAAAAACUAUUCACCCAAGAUUAGGUCGUGGUGAAACCUAUAUUUGCGGUUAUAAACCUUAUCGGUGUGAAAUAUGCAACUAUUCUACAACAACUAAAGGAAAUUUAGCUAUACAUCAACAGUCAGAUAAACACCUGAACAAUCUUCAGGAACAUGAACAGACAUUGUCACAGACAAUAUUUAAUUCUGUUGACAACAGAAGUAACCACAACGGAAGUACUGACUAUGAAUGUCACCAACAGCAGCAGAAGCAACAGAAUAUUCUUCAUCAAAGUCGUCAAUAUUUAAACUCAACAAGUAAAAAACCAAGCCCUGUAAGUGACCUGAAUAUACUAACAUCACAUUCAUUAAAUGAUAUACGAAGUGUAAAGGCGUUGCAGCAAAACACAAAAUUAGAGCACAAAAGUAUAGUAUCCCUGCAGAAUAGAAGUGGGAAUAAUGAAACUGAAGAGAAUACGAAGAUGAACACUACUGUUGGAAAUCUCUAUGAGAUGAAUUUGUCUAAGAAUAAGGAUAUUAAUAAUCAGUUUAACUGUACCUCUUCUUCUUCUUCUUUUACCACUUCCGCUGCACUCCUGAACUCAUUUUCCCUUCAGCAUAACCUUUCUUUGAACACAUUUACACCAUCAACAUUGUCUUAUGGUAAUCCAACAUAUAAUCUAACUGAAACAUCUGGUCAUCCAUUAGCUUGUCAAGUUUGUUGCACAUUUACAACUAAUAAUUUAGAUACACUGAUUGAACACGCCGAACGAAAUCGUAUGCCAUUUGAUUUAGACUAUGUUACCAAUUUAAUAACUGUGCAUACAAAUGGUUUCUGGUUUUGUAAAUUGUGUUCUUAUAAAAGUCCAUUGAAAGCAAAUUUUCAGUUACACUGUAAAACAGAAAAACAUGCACAAAGACUGAGCUUCUUAGUACACGUUUGUGAAGGUGGCCUGUGGAAUCAAUCACGCAUACUGUCUACAUUAAACAUACAAGGAAGCCAGUUACUUAAUGGUAGUAAUAAUAAUAUUCAGUUUUCAUUUUCCAACCGAUUAAAUUGUAACUUAUCUUUAUCUAACACAAUGAAUAGCCUCGCUACUCAUAGUAACAUUACUGGUGAUGGUAGUACCACUAAUAGUAAUAAUAAUGUCAAGAAUAAUUUCAAUUUAACCUCAUCAAUACAACUUUACUGCAUUGCUUGUGAUUUGUACACAACUUCUGUACAUAAAUUUCGUUUACAUUGUCAAACAGUAAAUCAUGCGGGAGCUGUCAAGACAUUUACACAUUUAGUGAAUAGACGUAAUUAUCUCUGGAAUACGUUGGCUUCUCUGAGUUUAUUUUACGUUGAUCUAUUGAAAUCUCUGACAAAUGAUGAUGAUAAUAAUGAUAACACAGACAAUAGUGAAAAUAUACAGACAAACUGCGAUUCUUCUUCACCCAUUUCUCAAGAUGUUAAUAAAUUAAAUUAUCAGGCAAAGUUCAGUAAAGUUUUACUACAGUUGUCAUCAAUACUUACAAACCUACAAGUGGUGUAUGUGUUUCACAAAAAGCAUGUGCCACUGACAUUACCACUACCCAAUUUUUCGUCAUCAUCACCAUCAUCAUCUUCUUCCAGUAGUGCAAAUAUCAAUUUCCUCUUGUCUGACAAAUCUCAAAAAUAUGUGAAUCGAUUUAAAACGUUGACAAGUGCUUUAAGACAUUGGCAUACUGGUGAACAUAGAAAAACAGUCUUUCAGCAGCAGAUGUCUGGGGAACAUAACACGCUACAACAUCACCAACAACACAAUGCAUCUAGUGAAAGCGUUUACCAGUUUGAAGAAAUUUCCGAUGUUUACUGGCAGUUGGGUGAUAUGGAAGGGGAAAUUGAAGAGUUGCCCACAGUAAUAACGAAAAUACUAACACCACUUAUCGAUGAUUCAAUGAAUAAAAACUUUAUGAAGUAUAAUACAUCAACAAAUGGUUUCACAACCGAAACGUUCGAGUUAAGUAAUCCGAUGUGUCGUACUGGAGUUGACAGUGAUAUGAACAGCACAAAACAUUUACCGAACAUUGCCAGUGAUAACAGUGAUCAAGAAAGGUUUCAAAAUAAAAUGGAAACAUCUGAAGUAUUACCAAUUCAGUAUUCUAAGUUUAAUGCUGUCAAUAAUCAGUAUCACAAGUUUGAUGAAAUCAAACAACAAAUGAAUAAUGAUGAAUUCAGACUGCUGAUAACUGAAGCCAUUGGUCAGCCGAAUGCAAUUCCACAGAAUUCACAACUUUUUAAAUUCAAUACUUAUCCGUCAUCAUCGGCCAACAUAAUUCCAGCUGGUGAAGUUUUCCAAGAUGGUAAUCUGCUCACAUCUUUUGACAACUCUGAAGCCAUCCUGAAUAAUACAAAUGCAUACGAUUCCUCUGUACAAUCACAGGAAAAAUGUAACAAGGAAGUUACGCGGUGUCAUAGCGAAGAAAACAACCCAGAAGUUCAGCAAAGAUUACCGAAGAAAUGGUUCAGUUUUGAAAAAGAUAAAUCAAGAGUGUUGAGUGAUACAGAUACUUUCGUCACCCUGACAACAACUGCCACGGUUGGCCCUGCCAUUUGUGAUUGGCCGAUCAGACCUAAUUCGGAACCAAUAUUAAAGCCAACCAAUCACUUGUAUACUGAAUGUGGAAUCGAUUUAAAUAAGAAAAAUAUUUAUAAAGCUAAAACAUACCAAAACCUAACUGACCCAACAAGCGGUAAUCAACAAUUUGAAAGUAGUAUGACAGCCAAUGCAUUUUUACCACCGAACCGUACAAUUGAAGGUAAUGUACCCCCCGAUUGUUUGUAUAUGUCUAAAGACCUACAUAUAACGGAUAAAUGGAAGAACAUUGAUAAAUACCCAUUGAAUUCAAAUAUGCAGCAUAUGUCGUCUAAUAUUCUGUUGCCUAAUAACAGUUAUGCUUUAUGUGGUGCACCUGUAACACCGAUGGAGUUAUUUUCACAAAUGACAGCUCACUAUAAAAAUAUUUCUGAGAAUUUUAGUUAUGCUCAGUCAAUGGGAUUGUUAGUAUCUUCCGCAGCAUCGACCACACACACAGCCCAUUCCACAAGCAUAAACACAUCAGAGUCAAUAACAGGUUCCUCUCCUCUUCACAUUCAUCCUUCAACGCACACUUCCACUCCUGCUUCAACAAAUUUGGAGCUCAAACAACAGAUAAGCUCAGUUCAUUCACCUUCAAACCACAAAAUAAUGAAUCUAGAUGAAUUUUUCCAUGAAAUCAAUGUGAUACCUAAUUUACACAGUUUAUUGAAGAAACCGCUUGAAAUAAUGUUGUAUGGCAACAUCUCGAAUAUGAUUCAGUAUAACUGCUCAUCAGAAAAUUUGUUUGCAUUUACCUUGGAGUGUAUUGCAAAUUACAAGAGUCAAUAUGAUGAUAUUUACAAAAAGUUUAAUAACAUUUGGUUUAAAUUAGACCAUUUAAACGAAGUUCAACUUCUCAAAGGAAAUCCAUGCAAAUAUUGUCGCUAUGUUCUUGAAAACGACAACAAUAACAGCAGCAAGAGUAGUGUCGACUAUGAUAAUGAUCAAAAAAAAAUUCUUCGAUUUAUCCUUGAAUCUAGUAUGGAAUUACAUAAACAUCUACAACAUUCUACGUCGUCCACAGAUGAAGGUUCUACUCUCCCAUCUGAUAUAUGUGUACCUGAACUAAUUGGAAAGUUAAACACUCUAUUUUCAAAUCCAGCACUUUCUAAUUUAUUUAUUUUAUGGUCUGAAGGUAACUAUCGUGAUAUGCACCAGUACAAAGAAGUAUCCAGUGAUGCACUGGACUCAUUAUCGGUUAACAAAAAACACUUCCAGUCAGAUAACUCCAAAGAACUGACGACACAUAUGGACACAAACGAAACCGAAUUGAAUGACACCGAUUCUCCUGCAUCAUUUGCAACAGAACAGAAAUAUAUAAUAAAUAAUUAUCCAACUGCUGAUGAUACUACUGGCAAUGAUGUCGGUAGUACAUAUGAUUCGAAUACUCCAUUGUUCUCAUCAAUAAUACAAUCUGAUCAAAUAAAUUUAUUGAACAGAGACUUAGAAACCUCAUUAAAAAACCUUUCAUCUAAAAUUAUAAGUAACAGCGUGUGUUUUGAUAAGUGUGACGUUCUGUCAAACUAUGCAACAAACACUACCAAUAACAUUGUUGAUAAUGAUGUUAGUGAUAUAGACAGUAAGAUGCAUUUACCUUUAGCUGAUACCUCCCUAAAUUCUAUAAAAGAUUACAACAUGAAUGAUUCUGCAAAUCUUUUGCAUAAACUAUACUUGAAAGCUCAACAAGAUCAACAUAAACUCUUCCUACAGCACGGGCAACAACAAAAUUUGGAACAGCAGAACCCAUCUGGAACUUCACAAAAACGAAGUCGCACACGCUUAAGUGAGAAUCAACUGAGCAUUUUACGUUCUUACUUUGAUAUCAGUAAUUCACCAUCAGAUGAGAAGAUACGUGAAAUCUGCGUGAAAACUGGAUUACAAGAGAAAGUUGUUAAACACUGGUUUCGUAAUACCUUAUUUAAAGAACGUCAAAAGAAUAAAGAUAAUCCAUAUAACUUUGCUAUUCCACCGAGUACAAGUUUAAAUCUAGAAGAAUAUGAGAAAACUGGUAGAAUAGAAGUUCACUCAACAAUGUCAAUGAAAGCACAUAAUCAGCAGCAACAAGAACAGCAAAAACAGCAGCAGUUUUAUUCAAACGGUGAACAGUACAAUAAACAAAUAAGUGAUGAUUCCCAAUAUGAAUCUAAUUCGUCGGAUGUAGUAACUUCCAGUGUUAGUACAACAACUCAAAAUCAUACCACUCAUCUUGAUAGUAUCUCUUACACAAAGAACAGUGAUAAGACAUGUGAAGAUUCUUACAUGAUGCCGGCUCAUUCAGUAAAUGAAUAUUCAAAUAUAAAAUCACCGAAUUCUAAAAUAAAACAAGUGAAUUCAACAGUUAAACGAUCCUGCGAAAUUGAAUUGUCAUCUUUUACAGAAACUGACAAAAUGAAGUCACACAAUCAUCAUAAGCGCUCCCGUUUAAAUGAAGACUCUAAUUCUUUGAGUAUGAAUGAUGAGAUGCAAGAGUCAGUGCUACCAACUGAUGAAAAAGAUAUGAUUCAGAAUUACAAAAGGAAUUCACGCUCAACAGAAUCAUCAACAGAGAAUGUAGACGGCGAUACACAUUCAUUUGCUAUAGUAGAUAAUUCAAAUAAUUCACAAGAAUCAACUCCCUCCAUUACUUCCGAAAGUUCUCCGUCUAUAUCUGAAGCUCCUUUAUCUCCUAGAAUACCAUUUGUUCCUGACCUAGACAAUCCUCAAAGUGUGAUAGCUGCGCUUAUUCGGCUUGGUAAUCAUAAUCAGAUUCAGCAGCAGCAACCACAGUAUAACCAGCGACAGUUCAUUUACGACUGUGAAAACAGAUUAAAUAAUCUAUGGGAACUUCCGUAUCUUCCGUCAUCGGUUGUUCCUGGUCUAACCAAUAAUAACGAUAUGUACACAGAUACAAGUAAACUACACUAUCACAUUGCAGCAAUAAUGAAUGCAUCUAUGGCUACAAGUCUGUCAAAAUUUCAAACAACUUCAGAGUCUAAUGAUGCACCUUUAGAUUUGAGCUCCAAAACAUCUCUACAAACAAUGAUCAACUCUGAAGACGAUAAUAUUUGUAAGACUGAUCUAUCUUCCAAUGAACACAAUAUUCAUGUUGUCGACAAUGAAGUGAAUAGUGAUUGUAAUGCUGUUACCCAAGACAGUUUUGUUUCCAUGCCAUCUCUUAUUCAAACAGAGCGUGUUUCCAGUGUUUAUCAUUCAACAAGCACAACCUCCAGUUCCAAUGGUGGACGUAGAAAUAGGACCAGUAUUACAGCACUUCAGUCUAGGUGCAUGCAUUCAAUAUAUAAUUAUCACAAAACACCAUCAGUGCAUGAAUGUGAUAGAUUAGGUGAAAUUAUUGGUCUGUCUCGACGUGUUGUUCAAGUAUGGUUUCAGAAUCAACGUGCUAAGGAAAAGAAAAUGGCACGUGUGACUUCGGGACAAUUUGGUUUCUCAGUUAAUUCAUCCCCAACAAUAACAGAAAAGUUAUCUCCAACUGAUACCAAUAGUAUGGAUUCAAAUUAUUGUCAUAUUUGUUCAGUAUCUAUUCAGAAAUCAGAUCUAUCAAACAAUUCCGGAUUUGUUAAUCAACAAAUGACAAAUAAUAGUAGUCAAUCUGGCAGUUUUGUAUCACACGCUUCAUUUGUUGACCAUUUGUUUUCACCUAUUCACCUGAAAAAGUUAAUACGUUGGUGCACAAUGGAUACAAGUUAGUCGAAUUCUGUAAUCACCACUCUAACUGUGUAUACACUUUCUUAUCCUGUCCAUCUCAUUUCAUUUUAGUCAAUCCUUCCUUUUCUGAUUUCUUUAAACAGUACUCUAUAGAUUAAAAUGCUGAGUUAGUUAAACUUUAAUACUUUUGAUUUGCCUUUUCUUCUAAUAGUAAUUUAACAUUUUUCACUUAUCAUAAUGUAUUAAAAAAAAGAAGGGAAAUUGAUGUCAACUUGUUUAUUUUCAUUCCAUUCUCUUUUCCAUUGGCUUCCCUAAAUUCAUCCGAUACUUUCAAUAGACACUCAAUUAUUUAUUUGUUUUUACCUUUUGAACUGUUUUAAUACUUUCUGAAAAAUCCAUGCGAAACAAAAUGGACUUGUUUUGUAAAUGAAGUCUCAGAAAAGGAAUUUUUCUGAACAGAUGAGCAAUAUGUGCAUAAUAUUUAUAAUUACCCCCCUCUCCCCUUUCUGAUUAUUCAUAGGAAAAAUAUUUUAAAAAGUAAAUAAAUAAAUAAGUACCCC